AUGGCGGAAGCUGCGGACACGUCGCGCAUCUCGGUGGCGGCGCAGUUCGAGCCGCUUUUCGCAGAGCUCGAGGCGGAACGCUCGCGGUCCGACGCGAUUCGCGAGCAGGCCAAGGAGCUCGAUCGAUGCCACCGCUCGCUUGCGCUGCUGCUCAACAGCGUGCACUCGACCAACGACGCCGAGAAGCGAAUUGUGGACGAAUCGAAAGCUAUCGUCGUCAAGCUCAGGCAAAAAGUCACCGAGUUGGUCGAGUUGGUUCCGCAAGGCCAGUUUUAUCGUUGGUGUGACGAUUUUUCGGGGGCGGUUAGGAAUGUCGCGUCGAGCAUUGCGCUGCUGGUGCUGCUGUGUACGGGCAGUCUGGUGACCAAGAAGCAGGUGGAACAGGUGAUGGGCGUGGACGAGGGCAAGGCGAGCGUGCAUGUGGCUACCGAGGAUUACCUGCACGGCAUCAUCAAUAUGCUCAACGAACUCCCGCGCUUGGCUGUCAACAGAGUGACCAUGGGUGACUUCCGUACCCCAGUCCGACUGGCCAGCUUUGUCAAACAGGUCCAUGCGGGCUUCCAGCUGCUCAACCUCAAGAACGACAGCCUCCGAAAACGGUUCGACGGCAUUAAAAAGAUCGAGGAGGUGGUGUACGAUAUCUCGUUGCGCGGACUCGUCAAGCACGAGGAGAGCAGCGACGAAGGGCUCGCUUUUCCGCUUCCGCCAAGCCAGGCACAGACCCUCGUAGAUCAGUACCAACUCGCGGCCUGA